GCUGACCCCACGUGCUCUCCUGUUGCAGGCGCCUACCCCGUGCAGAUCACGCACCUGCACGUGCCGCAGUACGUGUCCAACGGGUCGCACGCCGCCAUCCUGGACUGCGAGUACGCGCUGGGCCCGCGCGAGAGCAUCAACGCCUCGGGGCUGGUCGUCAAGUGGUUCUUCAACGACGGGCCGGCGCCCGUGUACCAGUGGAUCCCGCCGCAGCGGCCGCAGGAGCUGGGGCUGCUGCGCGGCCGCCUGGACCUGGGCUACCAGGCCACCAAGUCCAACGCGUCGCGCCACCGCGCGCUCUACAUCCGCAACCCCACCACGGACCUCUCGGGCGAGUGGAAGUGCCUCGUGUCCACCUUCGACGACGAGGACUUCAUGACCAAGAAGAUGGUCGUCUACGGUGAGUGGUGGUUGUGGUGUCGCCUGCCGGCGGAGUGGGCCGGGCUUGUUUUGACAGUGUGUCCGCGCAAAGCGCUUGAGAUUGCCUGAGAUUACA